AUGGCUUCUCAUGUACUUAUCACAUUUACUAGCAUCUCCUCAACCUGGAUUUCCACCAAAUGUCCUGCACAAACUCCAGCAACUCUGUCAUCGAUCCCAGACAUUGAUCCAUUUCCAUCUCUGGGCUUUACUGUGACUGUUCUUAAUCCUGCAUGCUUAAGAAUUCCAGAUAUAAAUGAAUGUACCAUUGACAAUGCUGGCUGUCAGGACCAAUGCUGUAAUACAAUUGGCAGUUAUUACUGCACAUGUCAAGCUAGCCAGACGUUGGCGGAAGAUGGCAGAGGAUGUGACGAUGUCGAUGAAUGUGCGGUGGUGAAUGGAGGCUGCCAGCAGCGCUGUAUUAACACUCUGGGCACCUUCCACUGUGAAUGUGCUACGGGAUACAGACUCCAUGCUGACGAACGCACCUGCAUAAAGAUGGACCCCUGCACAGGUGGGAAUGGAUGUGCUCACAUAUGUCAGAGUGAGAAUGGCAUGGCCAGGUGUGCCUGCCACCCAGGGUACCAGCUGUCUGAAGACAAAAAGACUUGUGAAGGUAGGAAACUGAAGCUGAUGGCUUAG